AUGCCCAAAUGGAACGAUGCAAAUUACGAUGAAAUGAAGUGGGGAUCCUUAAGAUAUUCAUCCCAGAAUUAGCACACUUCCCAGACUCCUGCAGCAGCUCAUCAUUGCUCUUACAAUAAUACUUUGGUUCAUUGCUUGUACGUCUCCAAGCUCUCAACUCUUUAAGAGUUGCCUCCAUCUUCCUCAAAACUUGUGUAUUGUCUUCAUCUCCCAUAUAUAUAUUAUAUAUAUCAGGCGAGGGAAAUGCUGCUGGUUAGGAUCCUUCAAGGUGUUGUGGAUGUGAGAGGAGGGCCAAGAGUCAAAUUUAAUGACCCAAAUGAAAAGAGAGAAAAGGUUGAUUUACUUAUGGAAAAUGAAGGGGAUAUAAUCGAUUUUACUGCUCGUGUUCUUUUCAUUGGUGGAAUGAUUGGGAAAUGGAAAUUUGAUGCUACUCUUUUAACUAAUCUUUGUCCUCAAUGGGGGAAUCUUUCUACCCAAUCCCAACCCAAAGCCCAUCUAGAGAGGGGAGGGUUGAAAAUGAAAUCUUUGAGUAGUGUAGGACUUGGUUUGAGCAUAGUUUUUGGUUGUCUGGUGUUAGCUUUGCUUGCUGAGUUAUAUUACUUGUUGUGGUGGAAGAAGAGGUUAACAAGCAGAGAUAUUGAAAAUGAUUACAGCAAUCCAGCUAGGGAGUUCUUUUACAUGUUUUGCUGGAAAAGGUCAUCUUCCAUGAGUCAUACAGCUUUGAAUCCUCAAGAAAUUAGAAUGACAGAAGAACAGCAGCAAUCUCAUCAUCAUCAGCUUCAUCUUCACUCAAACAAAGAUUUCUUGCUCAAGCCUAAUUUUGGUCACCAUGAUGAUCCUCAUGGCAUGGAGAAUGAGCUAUUGAGGCUGCAUAGUCUUUCAGGGCCACCAAGAUUUCUCUUCACAAUCAUUGAAGAAACCAAGGAGGAUUUGGAGUCUGAGGAAGCCAAGUCCAAGUGUGAUAACAAAAGUAGAGUAGGGUCUAGAGGGAGGAGUUUGAGUGAUCUACUUCUCACUGUGGAAACUCCAUAUCUAACCCCUCUUGCUUCUCCACCAUUUUUCACUCCCCCUCUUACUCCCAUGGAAGCUUGUUAUAAUCACCAAGGAUUCAACCCUUUAUUUGAAUCCGCUACUGAUGCAGAGUUUAACAGGAAAAGGGCAUCUCCUCCUCCAAAGUUCAAGUUCUUGCAAGAAGCCGAGGAGAAACUUCAAAGGAAAAAGUUAAUGGAAAAAGUUCACAACACUGAUGAAUUUGAACCAUUUGGUCAAGAAAAUGGUGACAUGACUCCUCCUUCAAAGUAUCUCAAAGAUGAAGAAGACGGAUCUUUCAUCACAAUAAUUGUUGACAGGAGCAAAGAAAAAGGGUUUAAUCACAAUCACCAACAACAACUCCAUUCAAGUACUUCCCAGGUACUUCCUCUUAGUUCUUCACCUUCAACAUUCAAGUCACCAGCCAGGAAUACUCCCAUCUAACAAACAUUUUUAGAGAGUUUCAUCAUGACCAACCAAACUAAAAAUGAAAAUUCCUUUUUUCUUUUCUGUUGUCCUUUCAGGUUUCGAUUUAUUAUUCCUUUUUUUUUUCGCUUAUUUGCUAUGUAUCUUUUCUUCGAGGGAGAGACCCAACAUUCUCUUCCAGAACAUGAUGAUGUGAGGUGGCCUUAAUGCAAGUGGGAGGGGGACUAGUGGGGUUGCUUGUUUUAUUUCAAUCUCCAUGUCUCUCCUGAGCUGUUUGAUACCUGUAAUCAUUCCCAUGAGUGAAUUCAAUUACUAAUGUUCUUUCAAAGAUCCAUCCCUUUACUUAUUUCUCUAACAAAAUUCUAUGCAUAAUCAAGUUAUCGACAGUUUGAUA